AUGCACAAUAUUCUCCCUCCAUCAAAUGAUAUAGGGCCAGACCGAUGGGCUUGUAUUGGAGAUGGUGAAGACUACUCAGUAGCAAGCAUGUAUCGGCUAUUGGAUGUGAAAGAUAAAGUUGUUCAAAGUGAGGUGUGGAAGGAAAUUUGGAAAUUGGAUGUUCAUGAACAGGUUCGAUACUUUGUUUGGUUAAUGCAACAUGAUGGUUUGUUGACAAAUAGAAUGAAAAAUAGGACGGAUUUGGACAGUGGAAUGUGCAAACAUUGUGGAGAUGUUGAGGAGGAUGUGAUUUGUGUUCUUCGAGAUUGUCCUAAAGCUUUGACGAUGUGGUUGGCCGUGAUUUCAACUAACAAUCAUCUUUGGAAAUGGCACAAUUUAGAGGUGCAUGAUGAGAACUACCAACGACCAGGAUGCAUGAACUCUCACGUUAGUGAAUGCGUUCGACAUUAUCAAGAGGCUAGAGAUGCUUAUAAACUAGUUUCCCUUCAUCAAAAGGUGACUCGAAAUAUUAAAUGGGAGCCCCUUCCUUCAGGAUGGGUCAAGAUUAAUGGUGACAGAGCUCGAGAAGGGUCGGGUAUGGUUGGGUGUAGUGGCAUCAUUAGAGGGGAUGCAAUAGAAUGGCUUGGAGGAUUUUCAAAACCUCUUUGUAUCUGCAGUGCAUAUCUGGAGAAAUUGUCGGGUGUGUUUGAAGGUCUUUGUCCCUAUAAGAUAAGUUUUCAUCAUAUUAUUAUUGAGAUUGAUUCUCAACAAAUUAUUAAUGAUAUCUAUAAAUUAGAUAUGAUUAAUAAUAAGAGUCGGAACUUGGUUGCAAAAAUCAAGAAGUUUAUUAACCAAGGAACAAAAGUGAAUGUCAAACACAUAUAUGGGAAAGCUAAUCGGUAUGCGGAUGCACUAGCCAAACAUAGUAUUAUUUUCAGGAGUUCUUUUGUAAUUUUGUUGUUUGUCCUAUUUUCAAUCAAUAUUUGUUAG